CGACGCAUUUCCGCGCAUGCGGCCUCGAGUCGAGCGACUCGUGCGUGCGUGCGUGCGUCCGCGGCUCGUGCGUUCGAUUGGAAUUACGAUCGGGAGCGCGACGAGGGAUCUCGCUCGGUCGUCGUGCGGCCGGGAUACCGCAGGGCUUAUCGUGAAUAGGAGCAUUUCCAGAUAUCGUCCCGACUGCACCCCCUGAUGAUGACAAUGAAAGACUCGGAGUUGAUAGCGCAGGGCGCGGAGGCGCGUCUCUACAAGGGGCUGUAUCUGGGAAAAGUGUGCCUGAUGAAGGAGAGAUUCUUAAAAAACUACCGGCAUCCGGAGCUGGACGCUCGCCUCACCAAGGACCGCAUCAGGGCCGAGGCCCGCGCGAUCAUUCGGGCGAAGGCCGCAGGGAUAGCGACGCCGGCCCUGUACCUGGUGGACAUGGAGCGACGUAGCAUCUACAUGGAGUACGUGGAGAACGCGACGGUGCUGAAGGACUUCAUAGGCAGGAACAUCUCGGGGAGGACGGACGUGGAUCGUCUGCUGGAUUUCAUUGGGCGCGGGCUGGGCACGCUGAUAGCUCGGCUGCACUCGCGGCACAUCAUCCACGGCGAUCUGACCACGUCGAACGUGUUGCUCAGGAACGACUCGAACGAGCCGCCCUACGACGACCAGUCCGAGGCCGAGGCGCAGUUCGUAAUGAUAGACUUCGGGCUGGCUCGAGUAGACUCCACGCUAGAGGACAAGGCCGUCGAUCUGUACGUCCUCGAGCGAUCGCUGCUGAGCGCGCAUUCCGAAGUGCCGACAUUGUUCUCCCGUAUCUUUCAUCACUACCAAGAGCAUUAUCAGAACAAGAAGCAAUACGAGCAAGUGCUCGCCAAGUACAAGCAGGUGCAAGAACGCGGACGCAAGCGCUUGAUGAUAGGCUAGAGCAGCGGUAGCCUCGUCCUCGAAGAUACAAGUCCUGAAGAUACGAAGUGUACAAAUAUAUUUUUAUAGCGUUUACAAACCGCUUUCGUACGUGGAUUAAGUGUGUAGAUUGUAGACACGCGUGAACGGAACGUGCGUAGAGUUCGAUUCGAGCGGUUAGAAUUAAGAUGCGUAACUUGAGAAGGUAAGAAGGUCUUCUUUAUACAGAUGAAUCAUACUUGUAUGUAACAAUAUGUAACAGUAUACGAGGAGUCGGUAUACAACGAUGUCUAUUGCGAGGGAAUGACUAUUGCGUACGUAUAAUGAAUUUGGCAGCAGCGAUGAUCCGCGAUGGAAAAGCUAUUGCUCCUUAUCCGUGGUUUGUAAAUCAGUCAAAAUGCAAUCCCGAGUAUAUGAUAAUCCAGGUCACCUGUGAACGGGCAAGACAACGUACAGUGUAAGAGAACGAGAAAGAGAGAGAAACAAACGGGAGAAAUAAAGACACCGAGCUCACCA